GUCGUCCUGAAGUUACCAUUAGCAACUGGGCAGCGCCCGACUCAGCUCCCAGUUCCUCCACCGGAGCCUCUGCUGCUGCUGCUGCUGGUUACUGAAGAUAAAUUCACGUUGUCAGACAAGUGGAUCCCAGGCCCCUAGGAUGUUGGAGAGUCUGACUAUGGUUUUGAGCUGAGGUCACAGUGAAUGGCGCUGCCAUGUUGCCAGGAGUGGGUGUGUUUGGCACAGGGAGCACAGCCCGGGUGCUGGUCCCACUGUUAAAAGCUGAGGGCUUUGAGGUUCAUGCGCUCUGGGGCCGAAGCGAAGAGGAGGCAGGCUGCUUGGCCAAGGAGCUUGGAAUACCAUUUCACACCAGCCGAUCUGAUGACGUCCUGCUGCACCAGGAUGUCGACCUCGUUUGCAUCUAUAUUCCUCCCUCAAUGACGAGGCAGAUUGCUGUCAAAGCACUGGGUAUAGGAAAGAAUGUUGUGUGUGAGAAAGCUGCGACUGCUGUGGAUUCAUUCAAGAUGGUGACUGCCGCCAGAUACUAUCCCCAGCUGCUCAGCAUUAUGGGUAAUACCCUGCGCUUCCUGCCAGCUUUUGUUGCAAUGCGUCAGUUGCUGGUGGAGGGGUAUGUGGGUGAAAUGCAGGUGUGCGAUGUUCGGGUCUACGGCCCGAGCCUCCUGGACCAGUCGUACGGCUGGACCUGCGAGGAGCUGAUGGGAGGAGGUGGUCUGCACACUGUCGGCUCUGCCAUCAUCGACCUUUUAAGUUACCUGACUGGUGCCCGAGCCCAGCGCGUGCACGGCUUACUGCGGACUUUUGUACAACAGAAUGGUUUGAUCCGAGGCAUCCGCCGCGUCACCAGUGACGAUUUCUGCUUCUUCCAAAUGUUGAUGGGUGGAACUGGCUCUCGCUCUGGUGGUGUGUGCUGCACCGUGACCCUGAACUUCAACAUGCCGGGGUCAUUCGUACACGAGGUUAUGGUGGUUGGAUCCACUGGGAGGUUGGUUGCCAGAGGCACGGAACUGUAUGGUCAACGCAACGGGAGUAACGGUGAGGAGCUGUUGCUAGGCGACAGCGGGUGGGUGGGGCCCGAGUUGAAAGAGAUGCCCCUGCCUCACCUGCGGGGGCUGAGCUCCAUGGUGAAGGCGCUGAGAGAGUCUUUUCAGGCUCACGAGGAGCGCAGGUCAUGGGCGCAAGGACCAGUGGCCAUGGCACCAACAUUUGAGGAUGGUCUGUAUGUGCAGACGGUGGUGGAGGCCGUGAAGCGGUCCAGCUGUAGCGGAGAAUGGGAGUGCGUUGAGAUCAUGAGUGAGGAGCCGGAUCCCAACCACAACUUGUGUGAGGCUCUGCAGAGAAACAAGAACUAAUUAUAUUUAUACAACCAGUGCAUCUACUACAUGUCUGACUAAACUGGGCUCUGAAUGUCGCUUCUUUAAUUCUGCUGCUUUGGCAGUUUACAUUACACACGACUACUUUGUGUUUUCACAUUUUGAUCCGAAUAUUUUGAUUGAGAGAAUACAAAUGUGUCGCAGAAGUUUGUUUCCUCACAGUUGCUAUUUGCUUUUACACUAAAUUGUCAUUCACAGCUCCAUUAUUCAGAUUCUCAAAAGAAAGCUCUGUAUAGAGUUAAGGCUGCCAAAGUCUACCAUGCCAAAAAAGUAGACAUGAUCCACAAUGAUCAGAUAUUCUUUCGCUUUGAGAGAAUUUAACGAACUCGUGGAGUCGUGACUACAAAUUUCCUCCCAAACAAGACUGAUAUGUGGCGCAUGUUAUUAAAUCACCACACCGUUGUCAAAUAUUGGCCCAAAUCAAAACUGCUCGGCUCUCGCAAUAUUUUCACCCUAAACAGUUUGCAUGGGUACAUGAAUGUAGACAGCAAAAUAAGUACCUUAUCCUUAAGAUAUGCCAGAAUGUUUUUGUCAUUUUUUUCUCCUUUUCGGGGGUUCUUAGGAAAAUUAUCGAACCAGCAGGUGAGGAGUUGGAGGUUUCAUUAACUAUGGAAAAAAAACUGCUAGACCCAGGUGCACAAGCAUAUACCCAAUACUGGCUUCUAAAAUUCUUUUGCAAAAAAUCUGGGUCAUGAUAAAUGUUUGAGAAUCACAAGAGUUUGUGAAUAACCACUGACAUAAUGUUUGUGUCCCACACAGUCUGUACAAGGUGUUAAUUCAGACACUCUGAGGUUCAAAUUUAACUGUAAUUUACAGUCCAACAUUUGAAUCUCUACUGAACAUAAUAUAUUUUCAAAAUAUUUGGGUGUUAUGUUCUCCCAACACCAAAAGCACAAUGUGUUUACCACAGGGGUGAAUGUGAAUAACAAAGCAUGAGGGUGAUUUGAAUAACAAAAUCCUUCGCCGGCUGCAGAAGGAUCACUGUCAGAAUACAAAUCACAAACCAGUGGAGAUCAACCUGUGGAUAAUUCAGAAUAAGAAUACUGGAGCUUGUUGUUUUUUAAAGAAAGUGUGUAAUAAUAAGCCGAGAUUCAAAUUGUUGAAAAUAUUCCCAGAAGGGCUUGUAGGUUUUUAUGUUAUAAACUGCCGUGACACACGUACAAUACCUGGGAUUACAAUAAGCUAUGUAGAGAAAGGAAUAUUAAAAUGUCUAAUUUGUAGCAUUGCCCCUCAAAAUCCCCCUUUCUUAUAGUGAUUCUUCAUUUUAAAUGACACUUUAGAGUAUCACUUAAACCGUAGAUGUCCUCAGAGGAAGUAUGCAGGUGUAGUUUCCUGCUUUUCAGAUGUACCAGCUGUGGUAAGCUCGAUUAGUUUUCAUGGUAUCAAAAACAUUUAAACCCCUCAAACCACACGAGCCUCUUCUCAGUAUUUUCCGCAAUAAUAAAUAAAUUACUUCAAGCAGCUUCAAGGAGGUUGAUAGUGAAUCACAGAUUCCACAUUUGUAGUGAUAUUUCGGUCCAUACUGACUGUUUGACACAAACACACAACAUACGUAAAGACAGAGGUGAAUUGGCUCAGAUGGAUUCAUAGGAUUGUUAGUACCUGUUUUCUGCUGUAAAGACUUGUCACCAGUGGUCAUCUAUUUAACCGCUGAAAGUGACUGAAGGAGGAAACUACCCGCUGCCUGCUGGUUUUACACAUAGGACAGAUUAUAGGUGGAGUAACAGGUUGAACAUUUACAUAAGCAGGAACCGGUUUGUCCUAAAAAAGCAACCUUUCAUUGUUCAACUGUCAACAUUUAGAGUUAAAAUGUUUCAAAAUAUUGUUUACAUGUGUUUACAUGUUCCUUUGUUUUUACAAGAUUGAGUUUCAUCAGUCUAUGCAUUUAAAGUUAUUACAGAUGUAUAAAUCCAGACUUUGGGGGGCACCACCCCACCCUGUUUUGCUACAGUCACCCUGAAUCAUUGCUGAGCUUUUCAUUGAGUAGAACCACUGGAUUUGACGUGCGUGAGAGUAGAAACGCGUGCCUCACCAACGUGUUUACACAACGAGGCAGGAAGUGUUGGUGUGCGGUUUUUAUAGUCGCUCACUGCAUCUCAGUUCUGCUGAAUAUCCUAAAUAAUAUUAAAGACAGAUGCACGCUUACCUCACGCUUUCCCAACAGUGCUUUCCAAAAACCCUGAAUCAAGUUUACAUUUAGUGUUUUUAAUACAUUUGCCUGCAGGAUGAUCCACAACCCACCACUUUUAAAAUACAUUCCAACUGACUUUUCACCAUCUUGUUGACAGUUGUAUUCGUUUUGUUUUUUGCACUGAAAACUGAUAAAAUGCCACCUAUUUAAUAUGCAGGGCAAUGCUUGUACCAGCCAGCUCACUGCAAAAAAUUGACUUUACAAUUGUCUGUGUAAGGAAGACAUUUUGUAUUUAUUUAUGUUUUGAUGUGGAGAAGGUUUCCCUCAGUUCAUUCUGUUCAGUGUUUGUGAUUUCAGCGUGUGAAUUUCUGUUUAAAGCUGUUAUAUUUAUCAUGUUUCGCUUUAACUGUUGUUUUAAAUGAUAAUUUGGCUUUUUGAGCACAAUGUGUUUAAGUUGGGUAACUUUACUGUUCAUCUGCCUGACAAACAUUUCCUUAAAUAAAUACAAUUGUCUUCA